UCACUUGUGCUUCUCAGAAACAGACAGGCUGCUUGUAAAGGCAGGCUCUGUUUAACUCCUUAGAUAAAUAGUUGUUGCUUGCGUAAGGCAUCGCACUUGGAUUGGGUUUUACUCCCAAAUGAGAUGAAUCCAGCCUGGCCAAAGGAGAUGCUUCCCUCAAAAGUCUGGAUGUUGAUGAGUGCCCUUAACCUUGUUUGCUUUUGGAAGCUUGGAGCAGACUUGGGGCUGUAAGUGAUUGUGUCCUUGUGUCUGGUGGGUGAGCAGGAGGGCUAAAGUUCUGGGGGUUUUUUCACAGCUUUGGGAAAUUAUUUGGAUGUCACUUUUGUGCUUUAUUACAGGCAGUGUUGGUAAAUAGGGGAGAAAGGGCAGAAAUUAGAAAUGAAGAGUUAUGUCCAUGUUCUGUGGUAGGUAUGGUGAGAUCUCCGAGCAGUUGUCUGAAAUGGUAGAUGGGUCCCCCUGAAAUGAUUGGAUUUAGUGCCCCAAAAGCUUGCAUUUUUGUGUGGCUCAUCUUGGAAAUAGUGAGGGCUCCUAUGUUGUUGGAGAAGUUGCACCCAGUUACUUUUGACCGUAAGGCCAUACGUGAAAUCUGUCUUCUUGUUUCACUAGUGCUGACUGCAGAAGUACGGAGGUAGAUUUAAAAAAAAAACAAAAGCCAUCUAGUUUGGAGGGUGUUUGAACAAAAAAUUAUUUAUUUCGGCAUAGGAGUGUUUAUGUAACUCUUUAAUUCCUUUUGCUCGUGAGGUGGUACUUCCACCACAAGGCCUGGUUUGGCUCCAGAGAUUUCUGAUGCUUUCCUCUGUUUUGGCAAUGUGGAGCGUGGGGUAUCCACUGUCAAUAAGGUGCUGUGCUCUGCCUGCCACGUCUCCCAAGACCUGGUUUGGGGUAGACAUACGUGAUCCUGUGCUCAGAUGUUGUGGUUUUAAUGGCCUGUAUUAUUGUAUGCAAUGGAAGGGUUUUGUCAAUAUCUGUAGCAGCUGCUUGAAAUUUUGGUGUAAAAAAAGCCAGUUGAGACAAGCAGAGGAAGGUUUGACAGCUCGGAAUAAGAGUGGGCAUCCACAUCAAACAAGUGGCUUCGGAGUCCUCGGCAGAGCGAGUGAAAAUAUGCAUCUAACUUGCAUAACUCUGCAGUAACUUGCAUAAUGUGCAUUGUGUUCUUGCUAUUGGUUUGUCUUUGGCAGAAAAUCGUGAUGGUCUUCGUUGCAGAGAAGGAGCUUUUCAGGCUUCGUGUUAGCUGGGCUGGGCUGGGGGAGAGGGGAAGGAGGGGAGCUGGAGAUGAGGAAACUCCAGCGUCAUCUUCAAGCAGGAGGUGAAUUAUCCUUUUUUUUUUCCCAGCUUUUUGGGUGUGUUUUGUAAAAUGUGGUUACAUUGCCUGCGUUGGAUUGACGAUGAGCUCUGUGGUGAGACUUUCAAGUCACUCCAGAGCAACUUUUGCAGCAGGAGAACUGCGGGUCUGUGCGUGCUGGGCUCUGGAAGGAGAGCGCUGCUUGCUCCAGCCUCUUCCACCACAGGUUUUCCCAGUGCUCGAGUGUCCCAAUGUAAUAUCAGCUUGAAGAAGCAGAGGAGUCGAAGUAUCUUUAGCACCUUAUUCUGCUGCUUUCGUGACUACAAUGUCGAGCCACCAUCUACCAACAGCACCAGUGCUCUGCCUCCUUUGGUGGAGGAGAAUGGAGGACUUCAGAAGGGUGACCAGAUGCAGGUCAUGCCUAUACCAAGUGGAAUAUACUAUUUCCACGGGACUGAAGCAGUGCAGCAGUCGUUUCACUACAAGCCACCAGCUAAAUACCUCCUGCCAGAACUGACAGCAUCAGACUAUGGGAAGAAGUGUGUGGUCAUUGAUUUAGAUGAAACUUUAGUGCACAGUUCAUUUAAGCCAAUUAGCAAUGCUGAUUUCAUUGUUCCUGUUGAAAUUGAUGGAACCAUACAUCAGGUUUAUGUAUUGAAACGACCACAUGUGGACGAGUUUCUUCAGAGGAUGGGAGAGCUCUUUGAAUGUGUACUCUUCACAGCCAGUCUAGCCAAGUAUGCAGACCCAGUAGCCGACUUACUGGAUCGCUGGGGUGUGUUCAGGGCAAGGCUCUUUAGAGAAUCCUGUGUUUUCCACCGAGGGAAUUACGUCAAGGAUCUGAGUCGACUGGGCCGUGAGCUGAGUAAAGUUAUUAUAGUAGAUAAUUCUCCUGCAUCUUACAUCUUCCAUCCUGAAAAUGCAGUGCCUGUGCAGUCCUGGUUUGAUGACAUGACAGACACAGAGCUGCUAGAUCUUAUUCCUUUCUUUGAAGGACUAAGCAAAGAGGAAGAAGUUUACAGUAUGCUUCAUAAACUCUGCAACAGGUAGCCCUUAACUCUGACUGACUCCUGCUCCUAGAUUGCAGUUGCUAGAGGCUGUCUCCAUCUCUUUCAGCUCUUUCAAAUGUAAGCUUUGGGGAGGUCACCCCUGUCAGAAGUGCUACUCUUGAUCUUCCUGUUACAUGGGACACGAAGGACAAUCAUGAGUGAUGCUAUUAAGCCUUCAGAAGCCUGACUCCUAAGGUCAUGUGUUCAGACUACUUUUUUAAAGGAAAAAAAAAAAACCAGAAGCUAUUUUAAAUGGGACUCUUUUAAUUAAUUUCAUAAAUGGACAUCUUUUACUGGAUCAGCUUUUCUUAAAACAUGCCAAAAAAAGAAGCUUGUAUUUCAGCAGUUGAAUUUCUCUCCCUUUCUUCCCCUCCCACUAUGCAGACAAUUUUACCCCCCUGCUUAGAGCAGUUGACCUGACUCUGAAUUUUUUCUUACAGAAUGAAGUGCCUUUUUGAAUGUUAUUUUAAGAUAAAAAUUCAUUUUUGUAUAAGACGUAUUUCCAGACAUCUUUUAGUCUUGUAUUGUCUAAAUGCUUUAAAAGGAAAAAGGAAAAAAAAAAUUUAUAGAGCACUGUAAUAUAUAACAAAGGAAAAAGUUGAAACCAAGAUGCUGGGUUCCUGUCUCCACGAUGACAUUGAGUUGUGUUACACUUUGUCAUGCUCAGAAGGUUCAGGCAUUCGUGGGAGGGGUGAACUGGGGUCAUUAACGUGGUUGUUUCACUGAUGAGGAUUUUGGCACAGUUUUAAAACAUAUCUGCAGUUGUUUGAGUAUUUGGGGAGUGAUGGAGUUGAGGAAAUGAGGUGGCUGAUAGACCUAAAGCACCUUUAAUUGCAGGCAGAUGUUGUUCUGCUGUCUCUGCUUACGCACAACUGCCAUGCCUCUUCUUUUUUGGAAAACCAUUCUCUUGGGAGAAUGGCGAGGAGAUCUAUUUAUUAGUUCUAAGAUUCUUUUCUCAAAACAACCCAUCUGGGUAAGCUGGAUCUACAUUGAGCUGUUUGGAGUACUUUUUUCUUUUAAUUGCUGCUACUGUAUACUCACCAAAUGGAGUUGACCAUGGGCUGUUACACUGUUUUUGCCACUGUGCCUGUGCUAUGAGACAUUUUCUGUAAGCUGCAAACUUGGGCAAUAAAUAAAAUGCAGGCUUCAUAACCCACCCCCAUGAAUUAAUCCAUUGGUAUCUGAUAUACCAGAGAACCCAGUUAAAGGUGACCUGUAAAGGAAUUUUUUUUUAAUUUUUUUUUUCAAUUAAGAUGAAGCCCUCUCCUUUCUUUGAUACAUGAAAAUGCAGGAAAUAUUUUACCCACACCUUUGAUAUGUUUUUUUUUUUCCCCCAAGGUGUAGGGUACAGAUUAGGAGCUGUAUCAAGUCUUGCUGGAAGGGCAGAAGUUGCUAGCCUAGACUAAAAUUGGUCUUCUGGCUUUGGAGUUAGACUCAUCUCUGAAUCUGAAAGCCUGCUUAAAAUCUUAUGCAGUGCCAUAGGUACCUUUCAGAUGAAUGAUUUUUAAAUAUUUUGUGCCUUUGAAGAACAAGGCACACCUUUUCUUUUCCCCUCCCUUUCCAGUGUCACCUUUCAGUUAUUGUCCACAGCAGAAAUCUGCAAACAUAAAAAGUGCAGCUGCAUUUGGCUGUCAUCAGAGAAGACUAAAUGGACUAUUUGGUGCUUCUAAUUAGCCUCGUGCUAAAUUCUGAAUUGUAGACCCCCUUUGCCUUUUCUCUUGUCCUCAAAAAGUCCCGAUGGCUUGAGGAAAAAAAAAAAAACAAAUUUCUUUGCAAUGGACUUUGGGGCUUUUGGACUUUGUGAUCCUUGUCUCCCAAAUGUUGGUGAAGCAGCUUAACAAAUCCAUCUGAGAGGGGCAGGCCAGUCUACACAGGCAGCGAGUGGGUUGUGGUGGGUGCAGUAUCAAACUGAGCCCCCCUUGCAGAGCAGCUGUGCUCCAGCUGUGCCCCAGCUGUGGCUGGGCCCAGGGGUGCUGGAGGCAGUCCCAUCACACCCCUGAGUCUGUAGAGCAUCACCCUUUUUGUUUCUUAACCAGCUGGCAUCACCUUAGUACUGUAUAAAUCUGUGCCACAACAAAAAGACAAACUGUCGAGUUUAAAAAUUCACAAUUAAGGAAAAAAAAAAAAAAGCCUACUUUGUUUAAAAACAUAACAAAAAAAAAGAAGAAAAAAAAAAGGACGUAUGGAUUCUGGUUAGUCCAUUAACUUUUACUUUCAGUUUAAAAUGGUUUAAUUUUGUAUUUGACUCCAGAGUAAUGAAACUGUAAGCUGAAAAAAAAAAAAAAAAAAAAAAAAAGUUGUUCUCUGAGCAGUAUUUUCAACUGUGCCUGUGGCUCCUGGGCCCCAGUGCAGUUUGCAGGGAAGCAUUCAGGUUGUAGUUAGUCGUGCAGGUAUGAGAGGAAUGGCUGAAGAAAUGCAAAGAGUUUUUAGCAUCAGACCAAACAAUCAGACAGUGAGAGAAUAACCCACGAGUGACAGUUGUGACCUGUGGGACGUGAGACAAACCACGUCACCGUGUGCAUCUCUGGAAGCAGCGAUUUCAUGAACCAGUUGCCUUAAGUCUGUGAAUGAAUGUUGAUUAUAUUAUUAAAGUGUCUUGUAUUGUUUUCAAAUCCACAUAGAAUGGGCAACUGAACUUCUGCACCAGCCUCUGGAGGUUCUGAUGAUGUUCUGUACAACCAUACUUGUACUGUAUUAUUUUGGCUCUUAAAACCCCCAAACUUUAAAAAACCCAACUUACUGUAACUUAGUACAGCAUUAAAAUGACACUUGGUGACAAUACAAAGACAAAAAACUUAGCACAGCUUUGAUCUCUGCUAGUAUUAAGAGUAUCUUCUAUAAGUUCUGAUCAGUUCUAUUUUUUUUUAACCUACCCAACGUGUAUGGAAAUAAAACUCAGAGUGCUCUGCAAUCAGGUUUGGACUCCCCUGGAUAUUCAGAUUUGGCCAAAGGGAUCAAACUGUCACAGUUGUUUAUUUUAACACUAUCAUCAUACUUGAAAUUUCAAGUGUUGAGUUUGUGUGGAUAUACAUACACUAUAUAUUUAGAGUUUCUAGAUUCUGAAAAAGCAAUAGAGUUCUGUCCAUAAAGUCAGACAACGAGUGGAAUGUUUGUAAAAUUUGCAAUACGGGUAUUUGAUUGUAUUUUAAAUACAAGAUUUUAAGAAAAAAAAAUCAAAUAGGAAAAAAAAAAAACCCAACAAGUUGUUUCCUAAAUCUCUUGCAUAUUUUGAAGUGCAGUUACUGCAUGCAGGUCACCAGGGCUGUUAUAAACCCUGGGUUUCAAUUCUAUUUCUGGAUAUUAUAGAAAUAUUAAAAAGUCUUUUCCCAGUCAUUCUAAAGAGAUGCUGCCUGGCCUGAAGUUCUGUUGUCCUUUUUAUGUUGGGUUCAAAAACGGUUUUUUUGCCUGUAUGGGUAUUUUUAAAUGAAGCUGUAAGGCAGAAUGCCUUAGACCCUUGAAAUCCAACGGGAGCGUUAACAGUGAAAUUGCCAUUUGUAACCUUAGGGCUGUGCGCAGAAUCCUUGCCAGGCUGGGGAUGGGGAGGUGGUGGCAAGUGUACAAUAUUGCUGUGUUCAUUUAGGUAGCUUUGGAAGAAAUAAUUUGUCUCUUUGUUUCGCCCUGUUUUGGUCUUGAUUAAAACAGCAGAAGUUGUACGUGGAAGAAGCUCAACAGCUGGAGACGUUUUGGUUGUCAGUGUACGCAAUCACUUUUCUUACAGCAUGAUUUUGAUUAGACUGGUUGGGGACAAUAAAGUAUCUAAAUGACACUGGUGUGUGCUGAUGUUGCAGCUUUUGAAAUUUCAGUGUAUUUAAAAAAAAAAAAAAAAAAA